AGUACAUCUCUGCUGUCAAGCAGUGAAGGCUGAAGCAGCGGCAUGUGGAGGUCAGAGUGUGUGGACUUCUCAAAAUGUCUGUCUUUUAUCCAACUAUCCUGCUGUGUGUGUACGGCUUCUUCUCCAACCUCAGACCCUCGGAACCGUUCCUGACCGCCUUCCUGAUGGGACCAGACAAAAACCUGACGGAGACACAGGUUGUUAAUGAAAUCUACCCAAUUUGGACGUAUUCCUACCUGGUGUUGAUGUUCCCUGUUUUCCUGGCUACAGACUACCUCUGUUACAAGCCUGUAUUGAUCUUGCAGGCUGCUAGCCUUGUAAUCACUUAUUCUAUGCUGGUGAAGGCCCAGGGACUGCUGGCCAUGCAGCUGCUAGAGUUUUUUUUUGGGCUUGCAACUGCCACUGAGGUGGCGUACUACUCCUACAUCUACAGCGUAGUGGAGCCAGCCAGGUACCAGCGAGUUACAGGCUUCUGUCGUAGUGUCACCCUGUUUGGCUCGGCGGCCGGCUCCCUGGCUGGUCAGGUCCUGUUCUCUGUGGCCCACGUCCCACUGCUCUACCUGGUGGUUAUCACGCUGGCAUCAGCUGUGGUGGCUUUUGUGACCCCCUGGUUUCUGCCCAUGCCCAACAAGAGCUUGUUUUUCCACAAGAGUCCUGACAUGGAGGAAAUGCCACACCACACGAACAGAUCCCCACCUGACAAGACGGAGGACUCGGAGAGUAAAGUGCCUUUAAACAUUGAGAAUGUCAUCACAGUGUCCAAGGCUGGUGAUGCUCGGAGUGUUAGCAAAGGCCUCAUGGCGGUGUUGUGGACCCUGUGGGAGGACUUCCUCCAGUGUUACUCCUGCCGCCCCCUGCUGGCCUGGUCCGUAUGGUGGGCGCUGUCCACGUGUGGCUACUUCCAGGUGAUCAACUACGCUCAAGCCCUGUGGGAGAAUGUGCGGCCCUCCCAGGACUUUGAGAUCUACAACGGCUACGUGGAGACUCUCUCCACACUGCUAGGGGCGUUGGCAGCGCUGGUGGUGGGCUGCCUCCCAGUCUCCUGGGAGCUGUGGGGGGAGCUGGCUCUCUGCGUCUUCUCCAUGCUGAUGGCGGUGUGUGUGUACGUCAUGGACACACUGAGGAACAUCUGGCUUUGCUAUGGCUCCUACAUCCUUUUCAGAGCCACCUACAUGCUGCUCAUCACUGUUGCUACAUAUCAGAUAGCUGCUAACCUGAGCAUGCGGCGGUAUGCCUUGGUGUUUGGGGUGAACACGUUCAUGGCUUUACUGCUGCAGACUGUGCUCACUGCGGUGGUUGUGGACUCAGCCGGCCUGGGCCUCGAUGUCUUCUCACAGUUCCUCAUCUACGGCAGCUACUUUGCUGUGAUAGCUGUCGUCUUCUUCUUGGCCGGCCUUUGCAAACUGGCCUCCAGGAGGUGCCCCGAGUCAGCUGACUGCAGUGAAGAAACCGAGUCACACUCUUCUCCAGUCAGCGGCACAUAAACUCUGCAGGACAGCCCAUGUGAGCACGCUGCCUAGUGACGCCCCUGUAACAGCAGCACUGCAGUGUGUGAGCCCACACACACUCCACAGGCUCAGGCUCAGCUAGUGGACACAAGUGUCAGAGUAGAGCAGAACACUAGACGCUACAGAGCCCACAGCACUAAAGCACAUCACAGGCAGAAGACAUCUUAGUGAUUUACCAGCACAUGGAUUGAAUCCAGACAUGCAGUUGUGAUUGUAAUAUUGUUGCUCACAUACACACACCGUUACAGAUAGACAGAAGUAGCUCAAGAUUUCUCUGCUUACUUGAAUCUUUUGCCUUAAAUGUAGGAUUUUUAACGUUGUAAUGUUACUCCGUUGAGCACCAUUUUACAAUGAAAACAGUUUGGCUGCUUGCAUCUAGAGCAAGCAGUUAUUUUCACACUCGCAAUACAAACAAGCUGUUAACACGUUCAUUACUGCAAGUGUCAGAUUCAUAAACCAAGAGGCUUGCUCAUCUUUUUAAAGUGAUAGUUUGGUGGUAUCAGCUCUUCCAUAGCAGUGUAACACCAGACUGUUCUCCAGAAUGAAGCGGACUUGGCCCAGCGACAGCAGCAACAACACUUUGGUUUUGUUUCUCAGCACUUUCUCCCUGCCCUUUUGCUUCCUAGCUGCUGGAAGUGUUUUGUUUUAGUAUCACCAAGCAACAGUUCCCUCAGUGCUGGCUGUUCCUUUACCCACUUGUGAAGCCGAUGUGCAGAGAUAGUGUUGUUCUGCAUCCUUCAAAACAUUUCUUCAGCUUUUGGUUGCUGUUCAAAAUGAUGUUGCUUGCUGAGGCAGGUACACUUUAUUUAUUGUGGAGGAAAAACAGUGAAGUGUUUUUGUGACAGAUCAAACUCAGAGGAUCUAUAACACUUGUAUGGAGUAAUGAAUGCCACUAUAUGGAUAGGAACCCAAACUAUCACUGGUAGAGCCACAUACCUGUCUAAAGCACAUAACAUGAAUGGAGUUGACCAAUCACUGAGCUGUUUGCCGUGGUCAUUUGGACAUUACAAAAUAAAAUGGCAGAUGGCUGCUCUGGCUAUCCUGCUGUGUUGAUUUGAACAGCAAAGUCCAUUCAAGUUAUGUGGUCUAAACAAUAAUGAAGUUAUUAAUAUUAUUAUUAACCCCGUAAAGCCUCAAGGGGUCAAAACGACCCGCGCCUCCGCGAGUCUUUUUUCCGGGGUCCUGCGGCGCGCCCAUGCCUCCUCCUUGGCUCCGCGGCGGCGGUCGCGGCCUCCAGCGCUCACCCAGGCCCCUGGAACCCCCGGACCCCCCGGCCUUGGCCCCGAGUGCGCCGCAGGACCGGGUCAUUUUGACCCUUAAGGCUUUACGAGCGUUAAAUAUUAAAGAGAUGACCAAAAAAUGCCACAUCAACCAAAUCAAUGUCAAAAUACUUCUAGAAAUGUAUAUAUAACAUAGAAUUUAUAUCUAUAUCUAUAUCUGUGUGUGUGUGUGUGCAUAUAUGUGUGUGUGCAUAUAUGUGUGUGUGUGUGUGUGUGUGUGUGUGUGUGUGUGUGUGUAGAUAUAGAUAUAGAUGUAGAUACAGAUAUGUAUGUAUAUUAUUAUUUUUUUGACCAAAUGAAAAGUGCUCUAGCCAGAAAUGAGAGGCUCAUUUCCAGCAUGUGUGAUCGUUACUGUUGCUGUGUAGAAUGUCAGUGCUGAAAAAACUGUUACAUGGUUCAAAUCUUGCCUUCCCCCCCCCCCUUGCCUUUUUUUUUACUCCAGUAGCAAUAACUUUAUUGAACAAGUGUGUCUGAUAUUUGUCAUUUGUAUGGGUAGCUAAUUUGCACUAUGUUAACUUUGUGCUUUUAUGGUCAUAAACAAAGUCCGCCUGUACUGAAGCAUAUUGAAUUCACUGGAGAAAGAAAUGGUUUGCUGUUUCUCUGAAUCAGGAGAUUUAUUUCAGAAUUCUGAGAAAACAUUUCAUAAAAAAAAAAUAAGUGCUGUUUUUCUCAAUUAAUGAGGAUCUCACAAUUCUCAUAUACUCAUUUCAUGAAUUCAGAAAAACAGGUCAGAUGUGUUUUAGUGAAUGCAUUAUGCUUCUGUACUUGCGUCACUGCAACAUGUCUGUAAACUCAAGAUUCCUAAAUUCAGUGUUUUGUUAACAGCUCAUGAUCACUUUCAUAAAACUGAUUGAUUUAAUCUCAAAGACAAUCUAAAGAGGAGGUGUGUUCACUUACCUUUCUGCCUUUGACAUACAAGGAAACACUAGAUUGGAGAUUAACAAUCUGAUGUAAAGACUUUUGUAGGAUAUUGAGCCAUAAGGACAAGACGUUUUAUUUCUCUCGACUCGUGGGAUGGAUCUGUUCCAAGCAUUGACCGGCUUUGGAUUCUUUGCCUUUAUGCUUUUGUUUCCUUACCUGCCAAAAGUGAGGUAAUACUGGAAAGGUAUUGAAAAGACAUAAAUAUAUUAAAUGUGUCUGUUAGUGUCUACAUGCAAAUUUAUCUGGCACUUAAUAAUUCUGUGCUGCUAUGUCAAUAUGCAAAUUCUAUCACACAGAAUUCAGUGUUUCAUUGUCCAGUACUUGAUAAUUACUCCUUUUAUUUAUCAAGUAUUGUAUUUUCUAAUAACUAUCCUCAUUCUGUUUUUUGUUUUGUGUAUUUUGUCACUGUAUCUUAAAAUUAACUUUAUUUUUUGGAAAAAAAUAAAUAGAAUUUACUAUCCAA